AUGUCUGGGAGCGGGAAGAUGAAGCCUGCGGCUCGGGUCGCUGGGCGGAGGCAGGAUGUUUGGUCCAUCAUCAAUGAGGCCGCUGCCGCCUCACCUAUCAAGCCCAUCGUCAACAUGGGCCAGGGAUUUUUCGGCUACAACCCGCCCGAGUUCAUCCUCAACGCGGCCAAGGAAGCUCUGAACCAAGUGGACUGCAACCAGUACUCCCCGACCAAGGGGCGGCCUCGCCUCAAGAAAGCCAUCGCGGAUGCAUACUCGCCGCACUGGGGUCGGCAGCUUGACCCGGACACAGAAGUCACCAUCACCACCGGGGCAAAUGAGGGCAUGCUCAGCGCCUUUAUGGCGUUCAUCGAGCCGGGCGACGAGGUCAUCAUCUUCGAACCCUUCUUUGACCAAUACAUUUCCAACAUCGAGAUGCCUGGUGGCAAGAUCGUUUACGUGCCAUUGCACCCUCCCAAGACAGGUGCCACGAAGACUUCGUCUGCCGCGGAGUGGACAAUCGAUUUUGAUGAGCUGGAGAAGGCUGUCACGCCUCGCACCAAGAUGAUGGUGCUCAACACGCCUCACAACCCUGUCGGCAAGGUCUUCUCCAAGGAGGAACUGCAAAAGAUCGCCGACAUCUGUCUCAAGAACGAGAUCAUCAUUCUCUCUGAUGAGGUCUACGAUAGGCUGUACUACGUGCCCUUCACUCGUAUCGCGACCCUGUCUCCCGAGGUGGAGAAGAUCACGUUGACCGUCGGUUCGGCGGGCAAGAACUUCUACGCUACUGGAUGGCGGGUAGGCUGGUUGAUGGGACCGGCCGAGCUCCUUCAGUAUGUCUCUGCAGCCCACACUCGGAUUUGCUACUCGUCUGUCUCGCCGUUGCAGGAAGCCUGUGCGGUUGGCUUUGAGCAGGCCGAGGCAGAAGGCUUCUGGGAUGAGUGCAUUGCGGACAUGAAGGGGCGCAUGGCACGCUUUAAUGCCGUGUUUGACGAGCUCGGCCUGCCCUAUUCUGAGCCUGAGGGAGGCUACUUCGUCAUGGCCAACAUGGCCAAGGUCAAGGUGCCUGAGGAUUACUCAUUCCCUCCGCACGUGGCCAGCCGACCACGCGAUUUCAAGCUGGCAUGGUUCCUCAUCCACGAAGUUGGUGUGGCUGCCAUCCCGCCGACCGAGUUCUACACCGAGCAAAACUCUCACAUUGCCGAAGAUUACAUUCGGUUCGCAGUGUGCAAACCGGAUGAUGUGCUCGAGUUGGCCAAGGAGAGGCUGAGGGGGCUGAGAAAGUACAUCCAGGACUGA